AUGGCUAUUCGCCAGUUUAUUGAUCGCCCUGGCUUGAACCGAUUGUCGAGCUUGUUCCGACUGCGUUACGGGGGGGCUUACGAUCCGGACAACGACCCGAGUGACGGUACAUCACUUACCGACCUGCUCGAUUCUUCCGAGUCCACCGUCCAGCAGCUCAUGGGCAUCCAAAUCAACACGCCACUCCCACAUCUAUCCGACGACAAGAUGCUUCCGCUCCAAGCCCAGGCAGCAUCCUCCUUCUAUGUGUUCGAUAAGACUCCUGCAAUUCCUCUGCCAGACCCAUGUCAUCCCACCUUUAUAGGUGCAUGGAUACCCGGUAUCAACCUCACUCCAGGGGACGCCGAAGCAUUCCGCGAAAUGGCAGAAAUCAACAGGAAGAGCGGAUAUUCUUUCUACUUGGACUUCUGUAUUAGACAGUGGGCAGUCCGGUGA